AUGACUCAAAUUGAUGACGACAGUUGUGACGUACCUGAUGAUCACUGGAUAUUCGAAGAACUAGGCAGUCCAGUGAAGUCUCGAAAGAUGAAAUCUUCUUCCGCUCAAUCUUCCUGUCCAAAGAAUGUGAUGGAACAGAGUGAGUUCGACGAGAAAUUGAAAGUCUACUCCAGUAAUAUGCGAAAGCUGAUUAUUACUGCACGUGGGGAAAUCAACAGACUUAAACAAGAGAACACUACGCUUCAACGGAAGUUAGAGUCUAGUGGUCUCAUUGAAUGUCCUGCUUGUUUGUUCCGAUUCGUACCUCAAAAAGAACACCGAGUUCUUCCAAAAUAUAUCAAGGUGUUUCGAGGAAGGUUGUCUCUUGAAAUUGAGUUUAAUACGUUGGAUGAAUUGGAUCACUGGAUAAUCGCAAACCAGCUGGACAUGAACAGUGAUGGACUUCCGACUGUGGCUCAUGAAAGUAAAAAGGAUAAGAGCGAUCUGGCCGCAUCCGGAAGUCUGCUUCCCCAACUGAUCAAAGAAAAGCACAGCAACACGAAAAGGGAGAGAGUGGUAAUCAGCAUGCGACACCGUUCAAAAAACGUGCCUAUUUGCGAACGUACGGAUGGAGAGACCACUAAAACUGAAUCAUCAGAAGUAUUUGAUGCUGUCGAAAGCGGUCAGUGUGAAGUGAAAGACGGUUCAGAAGAGUUCGGCAGUCAUCAUGAAACCUUAAGUGACUUAGCAUCUACUUCAUUUUUUAAUGAAAGUAAACGGAAUCAGCGCCUGAGGGAUCAAGACAGUAUAACUAGUAAAAAUGAAGAUGUCCCAGAAAGAAUUGCUAGGAGGGAUCGGUCUAAAUGUAAGGAAGAGAGCAGAACUAGUGAAAAGAGCAGUAGAGAUACAGAAGGGAAGAGUUUAGAAAAGUCAGAUAUUCUCGCGAAAUUGAGGGAUGAAACCGAAAAAGUUACUCACUCUAAACACGAGGAGAAAAUCAAAGAAAACGGAGAUCGACAUGUUGCCAGAGAACGAAGUCAACAUUCAAGAAAUUCGGUGAAAACCACAAGCAGUCGUCCAGAAAAAUUACUUGAAGGUGUUGAAGAACAGAGGAGCCGACACUCUUCAAAAGAAGCUAGUGGGAAAGAGAAUUCAUAUCGAAAUAGCAAAGAAUCAGAUCUCAGUCGUGAUGCGGACGAUAACAGCAGUCAUCACCGAGCAUCGGAUCUAAAAAAAGAAAGAAAGGAUGAGAGGCCUCGUUCAUUAGUCAGCCGAUCAAACCAUGACCAUAAAAGUGGCGUAAGAAAGGAGAAAGAUGUUGACCGGAAGCCGGACAGUGGAAAAGUGAAGGAACAUAUCCAUACUUCGAACAAAUCGCACACUGGAUCCUCCAGCCAUUCUAGGAGUUCUUCACGUCUUGAAACUACUUCAGCUGAGAAACCGACCGAUCGAGGUAAAGAAUCCGUGAAAGAGGAACUCAAAAGACAUGAUGCUCGAAGAAGUUCCAGACCUGGAGAGUCUUCAAAAAGUCACUACUCGUUGGAAUCUCGCAGACGAAACAGACGACCAAGUGAUCGACGGUCACCUGAUCGAGCUUGUCGUGAUGGGAACAAUAGACGCUCUUUACACAGAUUAUCCGAAAGAGAGAAAAGGAAGCAUUCUCGAAGUCGUGAAGUUCCCAGGAAACGCGCCGGAUCAGAAUUUUCACAAAGUUCUUCUGCUUCUAGUAAGCGGUUAUGCACCGUAGAAAAGCAUGAUGAGCUCGAAGAAUCUGAUUAUCGCAAUCGGAAUGCAGAAAUACCGAAUGAGGAGUGGAAGGAAUCUACGGACGCAACUUUUUAUGAGGAUGAAUGCACAAUUUCUGAUGAUGAUCUUGUUAUUGUUGAUGAAGAAGAGUCAUCACUACAAGUACACGGUCACUGCUUUACUGUUGUCUUGAAAUCACAUGAUUUUAAUAUCCAUAUAUUAAAAUAUCUGUUUCUCAUAGGUCUUAGAUUCACCGUUACUGUAUAA